AUGGGUGAUAGUAGGGAAAUCUCUACCGAUGAGCAUGACGAACGCGAGUUGCAACUUCCUGAAACUGCGUCUCAUGACUGGUUUAGUCCGCUGAAUAGCAAGGACGUUGAUUCAGGCAGUGAUACUGAGGGCUCGGGGGACGCAGGGAGUACAGGAUUAAUCCAUAAGUAUGGAAGAUCCAGCCUAAGAAGCCAGAGUGUGUUGGAACAAAACGGUGUCCGACGAUUAUCAAAAGAUUCAUUCACAAGUGAUCCGACGGGGGCGCGGAGACGGUACUUGUCUAGAUAUCGAAGGGUUCCUCAGAACAGAGGAGAAGAGUCGCAUUUUCAACCACAAAAGGACGAAGAUGAAAAUGCGGCUGCUCUCAAAAACAUUACGGACCUGUUGCAACAGAUGCAAACAGUGAACUUAGAGCAGAGCGCCAACCUUGCCGAAAUUAAAAAGGCGAAUUCGGAGCUGAAAGAGCAGAGCGCCAACCUUAAUGCCGAAAUUAAAAAGGCGAAUUCGGAGCUGAGCUAUAGGCUCACAGAAGUUCAUAGGGAAGUAAAAGAGGAGGUAAAGAAUCUCGGCGUCAAAAUAGAGAAAGAGCUUGUCAUCAUCAAACGAACGGCAAUUGAAGCCAAAUUAAUUGCGAAAGGUGCAAGGAAAAUAGCGAGAGAAACUCGGGGCUCCACGCGAAGCACGACAAAAGUAGGAAAGGUCAUGUUAUCAAGGCUACAAAGUCGGAUAAAACGUGCCGAAGAAAAGCAACAAGAGCAACCGGACAUAGGGCCUAACGAGAUGUUGAAAGAGGAGGUGGCGAUAUUAAAAAGAAAUUUAGAGGACGAGGUAAAACGUCUCACUACAGAGACAUUAAAAAAGAAGAAGGGUGUAAUUACUGCGUCGACUGAACCGUCACUUGCCAGAACACAGAUAACCGCUUCACGGUGUGACAAAGUUGACACUAUAAGCAACGGGAGCCACGCCUUGAUUCAUAGCUCUGAGGCAGCGACCGAGGUAAAUACGGACAGCGCGCAGCAGUCCAAGGUGUGGAACGAGCACCACCAGUGGCGUUUCAGGGUCAGGGCCAUUCGAGGGCCCACAGCGCGCCACAGCUGCAUCGCCCGCAGCAGACUACAAACAGGUGCCGGCGCGGCCCGCCGCGCUGGCCGGCUAUUCAUAGCGGCGGCGCUCACGCCUUGCAGAGGGGGAGGAGGCAUUGGAAAGAGAGAGGGGGAGGAAGAGGGGGAGAAAGAGGGGGAGAAAGAGGGGGAGAAAGAGGGGGAGAAAGAGGGGGAGAAAGAGGGGGAGAAAGAGGGGGAGAAAGAGGGGGAGAAAGAGGGGGAGAAAGAGGGGGAGAAAGAGGGGGAGAAAGAGGGGGAGAAAGAGGGGGAGAAAGAGGGGGAGAAAGAGGGGGAGAAAGAGGGGGAGAAAGAGGGGGAGAAAGAGGGGGAGAAAGAGGGGGAGAAAGAGGGGGAGAAAGAGGGGGAGAAAGAGGGGGAGAAAGAGGGGGAGAAAGAGGGGGAGAAAGAGGGGGAGAAAGAGGGGGAGAAAGAGGGGGAGAAAGAGGGGGAGAAAGAGGGGGAGAAAGAGGGGGAGAAAGAGGGGGAGAAAGAGGGGGAGAAAGAGGGGGAGAAAGAGGGGGAGAAAGAGGGGGAGAAAGAGGGGGAGAAAGAGGGGGAGAAAGAGGGGGAGAAAGAGGGGGAGAAAGAGGGGGAGAAAGAGGGGGAGAAAGAGGGGGAGAAAGAGGGGGAGAAAGAGGGGGAGAAAGAGGGGGAGAAAGAGGGGGAGAAAGAGGGGGAGAAAGAGGGGGAGAAAGAGAGAGAGGGCAAGAAGACAUGA